AGAGCUCAUUAGAAAAUCUCUUGUUCGUCAUUUUUGCGCCACUUGCAAACGCCGCGAAAUCUUCGUCUGACAUUCUUUCAAAUUAAACACGCUGCACGUUCCCUUACGACAAUACGAGUACAGAAAAAUGGCAAAGGUACAGAUCGAGAAUGUCGAAGUCUUGGAUAAUCCGACUUCCUACUUGAACCCUUUCCAGUUCGAGAUAACAUUCGAGUGUGCAGAGGAUUUGUCUGAAGAUUUGGAAUGGAAGAUCAUUUACGUAGGGUCAGCUGAAUCAGAGGAACAUGACCAGACGUUAGACUCUGUCCUCGUGGGUCCAGUCCCCGCUGGACACCACCGGUUCGUUUUCCAGGCAAACUGUCCAGACACAUCACUCAUCCCGGAAUCUGACGCCUUAGGGGUAACGGUGGCACUCAUCACGUGUUCCUUCCGAAGCCAGGAGUUUGUACGCGUCGGCUACUACGUUAACAAUGAAUAUUCAGAUCCAGAGAUGAGGGAAAACCCUCCCUCCAAACCUCACUUUGACAAGGUUGUGCGUAACAUUCUUCACACGGAUCCUCGCAUCACACGCUUCAAGAUCGAUUGGGAGGACAGCAUGAACAAUGAGAACAUCCCGCCCCAACAAAACGUCAUCGCCCCGCCCUCCGUCCCCGGCGCUAUGCCCUGCCCCUCCCCUUUGGACAAACUCACAUCAAACGACCUCGCCGCGCCACUCAACACAGACAGUAACAGCAGUUUGCCCGAAUAUGUAUCGGUGAUGGAGCACUAGAUAUUUAUUGGUUUUUUUUUAAUGUACAUUUUUUUCUAUGUGCUGUAAAUACAUGUAAUAGUUUUUCUAAAUAAAGAUAAAAUAAGAUAGAAAUUACAUCAAAAUCCAUGUGCAUGUAUGUUAGGUUGUUAUUUUUCUGAGGGGGGGGGGGAUAUUUUUAUUCCCGAUUUCAAAGUUUUCAUUUAUUGUCAUUGAUGGUGUUGUGAACCUUGUUUGGUUUACUAGAUGUGGACGACUAGCUGCAGAAUUCACAAGUGAGAGCAAUACAAUGAAAUUUGCAUGGAAAAUUUCAACCUUUAAAUGGAAAUAAAGCUUGCAAAAAUUCCAAAUGGACGAAUUGGUAUUUUCCUACAAACUUUCGAAGUGAACAUGAUCCUUUGUUACCAUAAAGUAUACUUCUCAGGGGUGUGAAAUCUCGGCUUUAAAGCUGAUUUCAGCUUUUUUUGGUUUGGAUUUCAGCUUUUUUCCCUCACUUGCUGUGUACAAAAGUAAAGGAGAUUUCCAAAGUUCAGCUUUUUGACACCUUUUUCAGCUGUUUUCAGCUAUUUUUUUAUCAGUGGUCACUCACACCCUAGACUUAUAAGUAAACACAAGCAAGGACGUCGAUGGAAGUGCCAAAUUUGUUUUAUUUGUGAUGAAAAUUGCCCUAAGAUCUUCAUCUGAUGCAUGUGUGCCUUUUUUUAUAUCCCUGGUUUUACAGUUGCCAUGGAUGGAAAAUGGCAAACAUUUGCAUCAAAUGGAUAAAGAAAUAAAAUUUGUGAAUUCUUGUUUCUCUCAUUAAGUGGAUUUUUGUGCAUGUUGUGAACAUAUAAAACCUGUAUUUAGUUAUCGUAUGAUGCUGUUAGGGUGAUGUAACAUAUUGUUUGACGUAUCCGGCAAGAUACAUUAGAAAAAAUCAUGUUUUCAUUAUUGAUGUCAAGUUCCUCUUUUUCAAAGAAAUACUAAACUCACAUGUACAGUUGAAACUUAAACAAUUAAGUUGGAACUUGAUGU